AUGCGUUUCUCCUGGAUCUCAUUGUUACCCGCCGUGACGGCGGUUUCAGUACAAUCCUUUGAGGAUUUACUCGCCCGUCAACUCCCGAAUCCUGCGACGGGGGUCAAGACCAUCAAAACAGCGAAUAAUGUCACCAUUCGCUAUAAAGAACCCGGCAAAGAGGGGGUCUGUGAAACGACCCCCGGGGUGAAGUCGUAUUCUGGUUAUGUGGACCUGUCUCCGACCGAACAUACCUUCUUUUGGUUCUUCGAGGCUCGUCAUGAUCCGGAAAAUGCACCCAUCACUCUGUGGCUGAAUGGUGGCCCUGGAAGUGAUUCCUUGAUUGGUCUUUUCGAGGAAUUGGGGCCCUGUCGGGUCAAUAAAGAUAAUGAGACUUAUAUUAACAAGCACUCUUGGAAUGAGGUUUCCAACAUGCUGUUCCUGUCUCAACCGCUAGGUGUUGAGAAAGGGGCUGGCACUUUGAAUCCCAUCACUGGCUCUUUUGAAAAUAGCGACUACGCAGGUGUCGAUGGUCGCUAUCCCAUCAUCAAUGCCACUGCCAUUGACACCACGGAGCUUGCAGCCAAAGCGACCUGGGAAGUCCUGCAGGGUUUCCUGGGCGGAUUGCCCAAGCUGGACUCGAAGAUCAAAUCGAAGAGCUUCAAUCUAUGGACCGAGAGUUAUGGAGGACACUAUGGGCCAGCUAACAGUUCUUCGACCACUUCUACCGAGAGAACCAGAAGAUUGCCAAUGGCACUCAAAAGGGUAUUCAGCUGGACUUCAACACCCUGGGUAUCAUCAAUGGUAUCAUCGAUGAAGGAAUCCAGGCUCCGCACUACCCCGAGUUCGCAGUCAAUAACACCUAUGGUCAACGACACGGUCUACAACUACAUGAAAUUCGCCAACGAGAUGCCCAAUGGCUGCCAGGAUCAAGUCCUAACAUGCAAAUUGACCAACCGUACCUCUCUAUCAGACCAUGCCCUCUGCACAGAAGCGACAAACAUGUGUCGUGACAACGUCGGUGCGUCCCCUAUCCACUCCUCCAAGUCCAAGAAGAAAGAUAGAAAGAGAGAAAGAGAGAAAGAGAGAAAGAAAGAAACUCUAACAAACCUCCCAGAAAGCCCCUACUACGCCUUCAGCGGCCGCGGCACCUACGAUAUCCGCCAUCCACGCAACGACCCAACCCCAGAGCCUUACUACCAGAACUACCUCGCAAAAGACUCAGUCCUCAACGCCCUAGGCGUCGAUCUCAACUACACCCAAUCCAACAACGAAGUCUACUUCGCCUUCCAACAAACCGGCGACUUCGUCUGGCCCAACUUCCUCGAAGAUCUAGAAGAUAUCCUCGCCCGACCAGUCCGCGUAGCUCUCAUCUACGGAGACGCAGAUUACAUCUGUAACUGGUUUGGUGGAGAGGCGAUCUCCCUCGCUACCAAGUACAAGCAUAGCAAACAGUUCCGGAAGGCAGGGUAUGCGCCUUUCCUGGUUGAUGGCGUUGAGUAUGGUGAGACGAGGGAGUAUGGGAACUUCUCCUUUACAAGGGUCUAUGAGGCUGGGCAUGAGGUUCCUUAUUAUCAGCCUGAGGCUUCGUUGCAGUUGUUUAAUCGGACUUUGUUUGGUUGGGAGCUGCCGCAGGGUCAGAAGAAGUUGAAGGCGGAUUUCGGAUCUGAGGGGCCUAGUGAGGCGACUCAUACGCAGUCUUCUGUGCCUUUGCCAACGGCUACCAAGGGUUGA